CGCAAUAUUUUCCGGAAAGUUAACCAGUUACUCCUACCCUUCUUAAUCGUCUUUUCGCGCGCAGGCCACCAAAUCUUGGUAGACUGCGCCGCUCGCUGGUCUGCGCCAUUUGCUCACUAUCAUAUUCUAGCUCAGUCGCAUUGAUGCCGCCGGUCCGGACACCGAAGAAGAACUCAUCGUCAGCGAAGGCUCAACCGCCCGGGUUGAAGAACUCGGGGCGCGCGGCCACUGAGAAGUGGCAAAGUAAAUUGACUGAAAUCUGGGCGCCCCAACAGCGAGUUGGGGCGGUCUGUGGUUCCGGCCCUUAUGUUCCAGCACUACAGUCCUCAGCAGAUGCUUGUCCAGCUCCGGUUGAACUACCUGCGAAUUCAGACGCACCUCUACCCAAAACUGAAAUUCCAUCCACCUCCAAGCCCUUGCCGGGCUCUAGCUCGGAUGUGGCUUCAGCUCCGGCGCCAUCCCCGCCGAAGACGCCCAUUGACGCUGUCACGAAACGCUGGUCUGUCCCGAAAGGGGAAAAAGAGGUUCAUUUCGUUUCUGAUAGGGAAUGGGAGGAGGGCUGGCAGAAGAAAUUAGGCACCGUCACGAAGAAGCUGACAUUUGGCUACAAUUUCAUCCUGACAGACCAACACAUCGAGCAGCUUGCCUCCUUAGGGCCGAGCAUCUGCCGCAACCUGACGCACUUCGAGUUUUCGUACAGCGACGUCAGCUACACUGCGCACAACGCUAAUAAGCUAACUGACGACGCCGCGGCGCGACUAGCGCGCAUGUGUCCCAGCUUGCGCGUUGUCCAGCUGCAAGGCGCGGAUGCGGACCGGCUGACGGACGCCACAGUCACCGCCUUCCUCGCCAACUGCCCCAAUCUGACCUCCAUUGAGAUCACCGGUGAGCGCGCCGCCGGCGCCAUCAAGGAAGCCUUCUUCGACGCACUACGGGAGCAUCCGAACUGGGCUCCCAAGCUGAAGACGCUGCGCAUUCCAGGGUGCGGGAGCUUGGCGCAUCAAGGCAGGUGGAUGAAGGCAAUGCGUGCGCUAUCUAGGGAGCGGGAGACACUGGUGAUCGAGUUAGUGAGCGUGUCGCAGGUUAAGAAGUGGGGGGACUGGGAACUAGAGACGUUCCAAGAUAAGUACCGGAAGGGGAAGGUUCAACCCUGGUAG